AUUUAUUAAACAUGAUCAAUUUCCGUGCAACUCUUAAUGGCGAAGACUUUUGAGAAUUUAAUAUCCCUACUCAGAAUUAUAGCUAUAAAUAUCUUAAAGAUACAGUCAGAGAGGAGCUGAAAAUCAAUAGAUCUGAUGAGUUUGACAUUUUUGGAAGUGAUAAUAAAGAAAUCGAUAAUUCAAAAGUAAAUCCUAACAAAAAGAAUGAGUUAAAGCUAGCCCUGUUGAAUAAGAAGUAUCAGUCAGGGCUCCAAGCAGACAUCGCCUCCCAAGACUUCUCUGAGGAUAUAAGCCAAGGGAAGGGCUCAAGAGUUGGAAAGAACUCCAAUGGAACUAUAGAUGAGCUCAAAGACAAAUCAUUUAUGAAGAAAUAUGGAUGCUGUUCCAGCACUUGCAGGAAGACAUUUAUGACACCUGCUAAACUUUUUACGCACAUCAGAAAUCAUUUCAAAAACAAGCCUUAUAAGUGAACUCACCCUGGUUGUGGAAAGGCCUUCCUUUGUAGGGGCCAAUUGAGAAAUCAUGAGAGUAUACAUCUUGAUAAGAAAAGAUUCACGUGUGAGUACCCCGGAUGCAAUAAAAGUUACAGUAAGCAAUCAAGACUGAAGGUUCAUAAAAGGAUUCAUACUGGCGAGAGACCAUUUGCAUGCCCAAUUGAAGGAUGAGACAAAAGAUUCACUGAGAAAGGCAACCUUAAAACUCAUAUUAGAAGCCAUACUGGAGAAAAGCCAUAUUUUUGCAAAGUAUCAGGAUGAGAGAAAAGAUUUACAACUCAGGGUCACUUAGUUGAUCAUAUGAGGAGGCAUAAUAAUGAGAAGCCUUUCCAAUGAAGCGUCUGAAAGAAAAAGUUCAUGAGAUCAAGCACUGUCAAAGUUCAUAUAAAAACUCACCCAGAAGCAGAAAAUCCGAGGGUCAUAAAACUUGAUAAAAGCGAAAUUAGCAGAGAGGAGAAGAAGGAGGAAAUCAAAACUCAAAGCUUUCAAGUUAAAAAAGAGAAAGUAGAAGUGCCGAGAGCUAUGGAUAAGAUGCCGUCAUUUCAAAAGCCGAAAGAAGAAAUAAUUAAAAGGCAUGUAGAAAAUAGACAGUUCAAACAAAGUGCAGCUCCUCAAAUUUUUGUGCCGACUGCUGAAAUAGGAGAGGCUACCAUGAACAGGCCUCUUAAUAGCAUUCCGUUCAAAAAUAUGAGGAAGCCAUAUCAAUUAGGAGCUCCAGCGUUGCUAAGUUCAUUUGAUAAUGCUUUUGAUGCUAAGAAUUUCAGACCUCAUUCAUUCCAGAAGAAAAUAUGCGUAUCAGUUCCAACAGUGACAGCUCUGAAUUCCAGAGAAGGAUGUUUGAUCAAUAAGACCCAAAAGAUAGGCCUGGGAAGAAAGUCUCAGUAUGUUAAUUCAGCAUUAGAGAAACUUAAUGAGAAGUUUCAAAUAAGCCCUGAUAAAUUAUUCUAAAUUUUCAAAUAGAUUCCUUAUAAAAA